UCUCUGAACGUAACGUCGGUGUCCGGACUCAGUUACGUGUGUUGUGUUGUGGACGAAGGAUGCGGCUACCUGCGCUCUCUGGAUUUCUCGGUGUGGUGCAACUUUGAGACUCGUUCACUUUAUUUUGUUUCGAUUUGAUUGUGUGCCACGCCAUUCACCCGACAGUGAUUUGGAUUUUAUUGCAUAAUCGUGAAGAUGAAAAAUCUUCACGGCCAGAAUAUCGAGAUGGAGAGGACCUAUUACAAACUCAAAUCAGAUAGACACGCUCUCGAGUUUGUCAGCCUUCUCGAUGACUUCAGGGUACAGGAACUGUAUUGCGAUGCCACUAUAGCUUGUGAUGGAAAGAAGUAUCCCGUUCAUCAGGUGGUCCUGUCUGCUUGCAGUCCCUUUUUCGCGAAUAUCUUUGCCUCUGUGAGCUGCCAGAAUCCCCUGGUUGUCAUACAGGAUGUCAGCAGUUGGGAACUUGAGGGCAUCCUCACAUACGCCUACAGAGGUGAAGUUCACGUCCCAUAUUGUAACCUUCAGAGCUUCCUGAAGGCGGGCAGAUCCCUCUUCAUCAAAGGACUUAUGUUUCCUCAGGCAGAAAAGCGUCUAGGCUCUGAGCCUCGUGCUGAGACGUGGCAUGAGCCUUAUUACAGUCAUGGCAAAAGGACAGCUGGCUUGCACACGCACACCAGUGCUCAUACGGAUGUCCAUGGCCACAUUCAUCCCUCGGGCAGAAUGCAGCGAAGAGAUGAAACUGUGAGUUACCACCACCAGCAUCAUUCGUCAGUGCACUCUCCAGUGCCAGAGAACAGCAUCAGGGUCAGUGACCACCUCAGGAGAGAAAACACGGUGGAGCGAUCCUUCUACAGUGGUCAUGACAUCGGGCAACAAAAACGUCAUUAUUUGGCAGACUAUCCACAAGACCUCAGGGUAUCUUCUGAAAUGGGCGUUGAAAGGCGCUCCUCCCCUGAUAGCGAAACCAGCGACUGCUCAUCAGGCGAUCGUUCUAGGUGGGAGAAUGAAAGCUCUUCUCAAGCUUCUAGGAACACCACAGGGGAUAGUACAGCAAGAAUGGCUUCUCCAGAGGCAAGAAAACGACGCAGAUAUGAUGCUGCAGAACGACGUGAAGAACCGAUUUCUUCCCAUCCCAGGUUUAAUAUGCCGGAAUCCCAAGGAACCUUCCAAGAGCUGAUCUCUGGUGAUGAUGAACGGAUAAUCAAAGAGGAACCCGAGGAUGACAUUAUUGACUGCAAUUCCAAAGAAUAUGUGAAGGACAACCAGGGUGAGAGUGAUGAAGAUGAGGAAGAGUCUCCUCUUCAGAUUGACAUAAAGGAGGAUCCUGUACCUGACUCAGGAUGCAACAGCUCUCCAGAACCCCAGAAUGAGCCCAGUAGCUAUUCCCGAAUACCCGAACCUUACUCGACCAUGGAUUCCUCCUCCUCAUCAUCACCAGGGCACACGUCCCCUACCUCCCAUCUUAGGAAAGAACUUCUUCGCCCCGUCACUCAGAACACCUCUGUGCUCUUACAGCAGCAGCAGCAGGUUCCUGCUAUUCCUUUGUCAAUACCACAUCCAGUAAUUGCUCUUAGGGAGCCUCAAUCCAAGCCUCAGCCUCCACUUCGAGAGCCGCCACCAUUAAUGAAGAUUGCUCAGAAUAUUCCCACAAUGGUAGAGGAGUGUGAGGUGGGAAGCCGGGAACCGCCACGUGGUCUGGUGAAAGACAUGCAGGCUAGCCGAGGGAAUGGCCACCUCAUGGUGACAGCUCCCCCAUCGUACCAUUCUCAUAAUAUGAGUUUUGAAAUACACAAUCAGCAUUUAGGACCUGUUUUAGUAAAUGCUGGAUCGCCUAUACAGAUAAGCUCAACCUCAGCUUUUAGCCAACCUAAGCGUCAGAAUAAUGGCACUGCGAAAAACCACAAUAAUAAUAUAUUCAAAGGAGAUGUCAUUUGGUAUGACAGUGAAAAGCCCCUUAAUCUAAGUGGUGUUCAGUUGUCUCCAGUGAAGAAUCCAGAUUAUUCAAACAGUGAAGAUCCCUUCCUUGGGAAAAUAGUAACAAAUCGCAAGAAGAGACUUAGGGGUCCUAAAUCUUGGGAAUUCCUUGUUAGGCUGUUGAAGGAUCCUACAACAAAUCCAAACCUCAUUCGAUGGGAAAAUGAAGCUAAUGGCAUUUUCCGCUUAGUCCAGCCUGCUAUCAUAGCCCAGAGAUGGGGUAGAAGGACGGGAAAACAUGCCAGUGAGAAUCUCAGCUAUGAGAACUUUGCUAGAGGCCUCAGGUACCACUAUGCCACAGGAGCUCUGAAACCAGUAUCAGAGAAAAGUUUUGUCUAUCGAUUUGGUCCCAAAGCACUCAAAUCGUUGCAGGAAGGUAAUAAUGUAGUUUUUUCUCAAACAGUGGUUUAAAACUUGGCUAGGUUUUUUGAGUAAAUGGUGCAUAUUCUGGUUUCAGCAGUACAAGUAUCGGCAUUGAAAGAUGUUUAUGUAAAAGUCAUUCUUUUUUAUUGUCUUGUCAAGGUUGCUGACAUAACUACCUAUUUUCAUAGUCUGUUCCUCAUUAUCCUCCCUUAGGUUUAUUGCCUGUGUUAUCCAAGAGGUUCUUCGUAGACUCCGGUGCCGUAACUCUUGUACAAUAUAUAGGCAAUUCCUAUUUGUGAUAUUGGAUCUCGAGUUUCAUAUGCUGUAUUAUAUUUAUGAUAUAAAUAUUCUUCCCUAAGGGGCCUCAUAUUAUUUCUGUGCUUUCAAGUGCUCAUGGCUUCCUGUACUUCAGAAAGAUGCUCUUCAGAAAAAUGUCCACUUGGAGAUCUCAGCUCCUGACGAAAGCUUGAAGUAAAUUCUUUUUUGCUAAGUUUUUGUGCCAGAAAGUGCAAUCAUAAGUGCCAGCAAGUGCAAUUAUAAGUGCUGUGCUAUUAUGAAAAUAGUUAACAGCUGAAGAUAUGUUUCUAAAAUAGCAAGACUGUGAUGUAAAUUAUCUCUAUUAGUAGUUUAUUAGCUAAGUAGAGAUAUGUUAAGUGCCUCUCUUAAUGCAUAUGCUUGAUGUGCCUUAGACAGAACCCUUUGUAAAUAGAAGUGUUUGUUAACAAAGCCCCAUUGGGUCGAUGGGGUCAACUCAGAUAAUUCACCGUCUCCUAGCAAGAGGAGAAAGACAUUUCCUCCAGUGGAUCAAAUGACUGAUAAUUUAUUCCUUAAUAUGAAAAUUAAGGCUCUUUGACUGUUAAAUAUUUGUUAUGUUGUUUAAUUUUAUUAAGAUUCUUAUUAUUGAAGAAAAUAAAAUUUAUGAAUAUUU